AUGGGCACAAUUAUGGGUGUAUUCUUCCCAUGUAUCCAGAAUAUCUUCGGUGUACUAUUCUUUAUUCGUAUGACAUGGAUUGUUGGCACAGCUGGAGUAGACAUGAUUAACCUAUGA